AUGUUUUAUACUCUUGGACUCAUUUGCGUGAUUUGGUGGUGCACGAUGCUGUUUCACCCCUUGCAUGCUGACAUCCAGUGUAUGGGGUCAGAAGCACAAGGAUCACCUAUUACGAAUGUGAAAAUGAAUUGGAGAAAAAUGGAACUGUCCUGGGACAGCAGCAAGAAUUUCUCUAAGUACAAAUGUACCAUCAUGGUCAGGGACAUGGGAAGUAUGCCGAAAGAGGUGAAUAGUCCACUAUGCAGGUUUCCAGUGGAACUAUACAUGCCUCUGCACAAAGGGGUAUUCUUUAGCAUUGAAGUGCCAAACACAAACAUCUCAAAAACCUGCACCUUUAUCCCUGGAGGCAUGAAUGGGUCGGCCAUUGAAAAUUUCUCCUGCAUGAUUUAUAACAUUUCCUUCAUGAACUGCACUUGGCGGGCAGGCAGGGAUGCUCCAGGAGAUACCCAAUAUUUUCUCUACUGGAAGAACACGAGAUAUGAUGAUGCAAUGGAAUGUGAGCUUUACAUUAAAGAUGAAAAUGGCAGAAACACGGGAUGUAGAUUCCAAAAUGUGAAGAUAGAGGCUGAAGAAGCUUACUUCCUGGUGAACGGGUCUAGCAAAGACUCCCUGAUCCAGUUCUAUGAUGAGUACAUUGAACUGUAUAAAAUUGAAAUACUCACUCCUCCAUUGAAUGUCACUGUCAAUUGUACUAGAGAUCCAGCGGGUUGCAUAAUUACAUGGCAACCACCCCUUACAAGUCAUAUGGAAAAUGUAAACUGUUUUGCGUAUGAAAUUAGCAUACAAAAAAAGAAUGAGCCCAAAGAAGAGAAAAAGGAUCCUCCUGUAAGGAACAACAGAUACGAAUUCCAAAAUUACAAUGAGGAAAAAAAAUACAUUCUGAAAAUCAGAGCAAGUGGAAAAAACUGUCCUGUAAGCUCAGAGUGGGGGGAAUGGAGUGAACCCAUUGAGUUUGGUCAAGGGAAAGAUUACUUUAUUUUUGUGAUUUUAUUUCUGAUAGCACUUGGAACAAUCUCAGUGACACUGCUCCAAUAUUGUCUUUUCAAACGGUACUGCAGUUUCAAAAGCAUGUUUACUCACAUUCCACAACCAAGAGACAAAUUGAAUGCAUCAACUGAUGAAGAUAUCCAGACAGAAUAUGUACAUCUACCAAGAAAAAGUUGUACCGAGGAAAUAACUAUGGUUGAAGAGAUGACCUAA